GUUUGCUGCUGUGAACAAUAACAUUCAUCGCUGUGUUUUCUAUAACGACACAAGUAUGUCAUCGAUGUACAUCAUUGGAAGCAUUUAAUGGAAUAUGACAAACAUAAAUUUCAUUUAAUUGCGUGAUGGAAAGAAGAACACUAAAACUUAUUCGAUAGAACAGUCUAAUCAUGGUUACGCUUUGUCAAUCGACAGAGUCCAUCUUGUCUCGGCUUAGUCCUACAUCCGUAGACAAACCAGAAUCCCCGUAUCUUCUACGCAAAGCAAGUGGAGAACGCAGAUCUUUACGUCCAGGUGCGCCUUCAGAACCUAAUGCUUACAACUACAAUUACCCUAAACGAGGCUUGUUCAUUAUAAUUAACAAUAAAAACUUCCAUCCGUCUACUGGACAGCGAUGUCGGGAAGGAACUGGUGCAGAUGCGGAGAGACUAGAAGAAAGAUUUCAAGAUUUAGGAUUCGAAGUCAGACGCUACGAUGACGCCACUGCAUCAAGUAUGACAAAAAUUAUGGUUGAAGCAGCGAAUUAUGACCACUCUGACUGUGAUUGUUUUGGUUGUGCUAUUUUAAGUCAUGGUAUUGAAGGUCGGAUAUAUGCAACAGAUGGAAUGCUAUCAUUAGAUGUACUUACUGGUCCAUUUAGAGGAGAUAGGUGCUCUUCUUUAGUGGGAAAACCGAAACUAUUCUUCGUUCAAGCCUGUCGCACAGCACCUAUGAAUCAUUCCUUUGACAGUAUGUCUGACAAGAGUGGGCUCUCCGAAGAAUACGAACCAGCCCUAUCGUCCAUACGGAAAGUGCCAGUAGAAGCUGAUUUCCUGUUUGCAUAUUCCACUGUCCCAGGACACUAUUCCUGGAGAAAUAACCAAGACGGUUCAUGGUUUAUACAAGCACUGUGCAUCGUCAUAGAGAAUUACGGGACUAAAAUGGAACUAGUUCACAUGCUUACUCAAGUCAAUAGGAUUGUUGCUUACGAAUUUGAGUCUUGUAAGGACGAAGAGUUCACUGAUAAAAUGAAAAUGAUGCCUUGUAUUGUUUCCAUGUUAACAAGAUAUGUUUACUUCCGGCCUAAAAAACCGGAUAUCCGAGACUAACAUACUCAAAUAUGCAUUUGACCAUCUACAUAUUAUUCAUGUAUGUUUUAACAUAAUGUAGUGAAAGAGUGCUUAUGUUUUAUAUCCAAGUGAAAUAAAAUCGGUGCCACUUUUAUA